CGAGUGUGGGGCAGCUGGAGAGAGUGGAGAGUUGGAGUGUCGAGUCGAGUGAGCGAGUUGUGAUUGCAGGGGAGAUGGGCGGUGCUCCAAAGGCAAAUAUUUUGGCAAAUUAGCCGGGUGGAAUUUGCGGAGCCGAGGCAGCAGGACCCCUUGAGCGGCAGGGAAUUGAGCGAAAGUGCGCCCUGCUCCCGGAAAUUCUGCCUGCGCUCCCGGCGUUAUCUACUUUCGAGUGAUUCGAGUGCGGUCUCGGUGCACACUUGAUUAAUUUCCGUGCCCAGAAGCGCCCUGCGGAGUUGGCAAGCGGACACUUGUGGAAAACAUCGCGGGCGCCGCGCACCGGGAUCAUAAUCGGCUCGUCAUGAGUCAGCGCAGUCGACAGCGCGGCCGACGCCAGCCUGCCUCGUGAUCCACAUUUUUUUUCAUUGGUUGCGUCACUGUCUCCGUGUCAGCGAUGGACGAGGAGAGUGCGCCGGUGGCAGCGCCGCGCCCCACGCCCAGAGCUGCGCCGCGCCACCAAGCGCCAGAGCCUGUGCCAACGCCGGUCCCAAUGCCCAGGAUGCGCCUCGCCAGCCCUCCUCAACCCGUUAUCCAAGAGGACACGGAGGAGGAGUUCUGCGAGGACCAGAGCGAGCCACUGUCGCCGCGCACGUCCGACUCAAUGUCUGUGCAGUCGCUCGACGAGGAUCCGCAGGAGAGCGCGUUGCGCGGCGGUGUCGGGCUGCGGCGUCAGGUGACCAAGUCGCUGCUCUUCGACUUUGACCCGCUCCUGAGCCAGCAGUUCGGCCCUGACGACCUAGCACAUGCCGCAAGUCUCGCCAGUCUCGCGGAGGAGCACGAAGACGAGUGCAACGUGCAGGAGGAGCAGGAUGAGCAGCCGCCCGAGUACAGUAAUGGACCAGAUGAAGAGGAGCACAUUUACGACCCGGUUGCACACGAUGACAGUUCCGGCGACGAUCUCGAACCGCCAGAGCCGCCGCCCAGAAAUGACUCGAUCCCGCGCGAGAAGUGGGACCAGAUCCCCGCGGCGCUGGUCGGCAACAACGGUGGCAUCGAGGGCGAGCUGAAGACGGCAGUCCGACGGGUGACCAUCGGCGGCCGGGCAGUGCGCAGCUUCCGCAGCUUCAUGGGCGACGCGUCCGAGCGCAACGCAUCACCGGCCCCGCCGUUCGAGGCGCUGAAACGGCCGACGGGCGAGACCGCCGUCCACGAGGGCCGCCUCACCUUCAACGGCCGCGACAAGGUGCGCACUCUGGCCAAGCUAACCACCAAGAACUUCUCUUGGUACCCGGACACCGGCAAGCGCUGGACCCACUGGAGCCUCGAGCACGCCUGCGAGGUCGCCUCUGUUACCAUUCAGGAAAGUCCUGCGUUCGAGAUAAUCAACUGCGAUGGGAUGAGCUGCCGGUCGAUCUGCUGGGUGGCUCAGAGCGAGGAGGAACGUGACCGCUGGAUGGCGAAGGUGGCGGUGGCACUGACCAACGAGACGCGGAUGCACCAUGUGGCGUCGCGGCUCGGCUGGCUGUACCUGAAGGAGGGCGUCGGCGGCGUGUGGAGCGCGUCGUGGCUCAGCCUGCAGGGCCGCCGCCUGCGCUACCUGCUGCCCUCGCAGGAGCUGCAAGAGAUUGACCUGCGCAAGGCCAGGUGCUUCGUCAAGGACGGCGACCACCAGGAUGGCAUCAUAGCCGGGCAGGAGCUGUUCGUGGUGCAGCUUGGUAACAGCAGCCUCUACCUGCAGGGACCCAUGCCCAAGGCCACCGAACGCUGGCGCCUCGCCAUCCAGAGUGCCAUCCUCAGGAACGGCAAGUCCCUCAGGGAGCAACAACUCACCGUCAAUGACGUCGUUGCCCUUGUCGAAAUGUGCACAAACUUUGUCAUCACUAAUGGCAUCACGUCCGAGGGGAUCUACCGGCUGGCGGGCCAGUCAUCGAAGGUGACGGCACUACUAGAGGCUCUGAAGAAGAACCCGCACGAGGUGGCGUUGACGCGGGCAGAGUACAACGAGCACCUGGUGGCGUCGGCGCUGAAGCGCUUCUUUGUCGGGCUGCCGGAGCCGCUGCUGAGCAAGGAAUUGAUGACGUCGCUGGGCAGGGCGAAGUCGCUCGAGGCCAAGGGCCGUCUCAUCAGGCACGCGCUCAACUCGGUCGCGUUCGCCACGCUGCGGAAGGUGCUCGCCCACUUGCACCUCAUCACCCUUGAGCACGCCAGAAACAAGAUGGACGGCAGGAACUUGGCCACCGUUUGGGCCGUUGGACUCACCCAUGCCACAGAUGCAGAUAUUGUGACACUGACGACAUUGAUAGAGGAAUUUCCUGCCGUGUUUGAAGUGGACGAGGCCGAAAUGCAGAAGGAAAACAAACUGCUGAGAGUACUGGAAAGACUGCACUCUGCGCCACCGCAAACUGGUGGCGCGGGCGAUCUAAGAAUUUGGCUUACCCUUGGCAACGCAAACUCCACAGACACGGUUCAAGUACUGCUGAACCCUAGCAAGACUGCGGCUGACGUGGUGCAGGAGGCGGCGGCGUCUUCGUCGUGGCAGCUGCAGGAGGUGCUGCUGGGCGGCGCGCUGUGGCGGCCGCUGCACCCUAGUGAGUUGGUGAUGGAGGUGGUGGCGCGCUGGGGCUACUGGGCCGACGAAGACCGCGCGCACAACAAGCUGGUGCUCGGCCCCAGCACCUUCUACGACGAGCUGCGGCCCCUGGCGUUGCCGCCGGCCUCCGCUUACGGACAGUUCAAGUUCGCAGUGCCCGAGGUGCGCGCCUACAAGACUCGCUUUAUGCAGCUGCUUGACGGCAAAGUGACCAGCGCCAAGAUCAAGGGCUCCUCGCCCGUCGUCGUCGGCGAGUGGCCCAUCAACAACAUGUCGUGGUACCAGGGCUACGACUCCAAGCGCGGCCCCAACGGUGACAAGAGGUGGUACCUGACGCUGGUGUCUAAGGACGGAAAGAGCGCAGCGCGCAGCAAAGAGCGGCCGUUCGUCGGGUGCACCAUCGCCAUGGAGCGGCGCCAGGACCUGUUGGACUGGUGCGCCAGCCUCGUGCUCUCGCAGCACCCGAACGGAAUUUGAAAUCUCCCCACAACAAGCAUUGUGAUCAGGGUCAAAAGGAAAGCAAAAGAUAGGCUGAAUUUUGUUACUUUGACCAGUAUUUUUUUAAUAAUAUAAUUUUCAAUUACAAUGUAAUACGCAUACAUACGAGGCUGAAUAAUUUAAAUAUAGACGUGUUUGUUUCUUUUAUUUAGUCAGGCAAUAUUAGGUUAUAAAAGUAUGCUUUACAGACACAUGUGUAUUGUUGUUGUCACUACAAUUCGCAACAAGCAGCAUGCACAGGACUAGGUAAUCAAAAAUAAUCGAUACAUUAAAAAGCAGUCUCUCGAUAUACAAAUUGUGCUCAAAAGUAAAAUUUCCGUCAACAUUUUAAUUGUAUUGCACCGGCUGUGAAAGGCGGGUGGGUGGGCUUCGCGUUCGCGCGGGUCGAGAGAGGCGUUUCUUCAAAAGUCCGAGUAAAAUCUCAGUGCCUC